CAGCGACACAGCCAACGGCAGUUCUCUUCUAUAAAAUCAGAAAUUCACAGAAAGAAGAGCAGCGAACGGGACGGCAUCGAACCUCCCGAGUACCCCUCCGUCUGCGAUCGUCUCUCCGUAAACCCUAAAUUCUACCACCACAUCAAUUCUUCACCUCCGUUUGUUUGAUUUCUCUCUCCUCUCUCCGAAAAGAUUCAGCAUUGUCAAGCAAUGGAGUCGUUGAUCGAACUCUGCGAUCUGAUCGCUCAAAAUCCUUCGCAGUUUGCUGAUAAAUUGGCUUGGAUUUGUGGCCGAUGUCCACCAAUUGACUCUGUUCCUGCCGGAUCUUUGAGGGUUUCGAGGUCACAGCUUAAUGCAGUUCUCGCCACCGCUAGAUUUCUUUCUAAAUGCCCAAAUUUCGACGACACGAGACCCAAAUCGGCAGUCCUAGGUUUUUUUCGUUUGAUUCCGUAUUCUUUCGCCCAAUCUUUUUGGCCACAGUCGUUUGGAAGCGAUUCAAUCGCUUCGUUCUUUAACGAUUUCUUGAGUUAUGUGAAUAUAGCCAGUGAGUUGUCCUUGGAUUUUGCCAUGGCCGUUGCGGAGUAUACGGGAGAGAUUGUGAUGUCGGCGAUUUACAAUGUCAGUGGAGAUGUGGGGGUUUCAAGGGUUUUCUUGAAUGCUCUGUCGCAGAAUUUUCCUCCAAUUCUUCCUUCCGAUGCAAACAAAUUAGUGUCCACUCUUCUAGAUCGAUUUGAAAUUUCAGUUCCUAGUUCACCGAGGGAGCUAGUUUCGGUAACACCUGAAGCGUCAUCGUUUCAGAGUUCGCCGCUCAGUGCAAACCAUUAUCAAUCAAAUGAGAGAGCCAGUCCAGGAAAUGAGGUCAGCAAUGCCUCUGGUUCUUCGAGCGGUGAGGCUUCAAGGGUUACAGAUGAGGCGAUUAGUGCAUCGUCGUCGAAAGGAUUGGUGAUGAAUGGGGGCAGCCUUGCGUGGAAGAGCAAUGUGGAUAUAUUUGGUUCUGGUGUUGGGUUCAAUGAUGGAGGAGGAGGCGGUUCCUCGACGUACAAGCGAGUGGUAGCCUCUUUUGAGGAAGAGCCUGUGGAGAGCAUUCAACAACAGGAGAUUGCUUUCAAGCUGAUUGGGCACAUAUUGGAUAAAGUCCAGAUUGAUCUUAAGCUUUUGGAACAAGUGAGGGCCAUAGCAAAGGAGCAACUCCAAUCAAUGUUGGCUUUCCUAAAGAUAAGGAAGCGUGACUGGACGGAACAGGGACAGUUACUAAAAGUUAGAAUCAAUACAAAGCUGUCGGUUUACCAAGCUGCAGCCAGGUUACAAAUCAAGAGUCUUUCAUCUGUUGAUUUGGAUGGGAAGUCAUCGAAGAGGUUGUUGCAUGGAACUUUGGCAUUGUUGAUAGAAGCUGCUGAAGCAUGUUUAUUCUGUGUCUGGCGAAAGUUGAGAAUUUGUGAAGAGCUCUUCAGCUCGUUGCUUGUUGGGAUUUCCCAAAUUGCUCUCACUCGUGGUGGUCAGCUGAUGCGUGUCUUGCUCAUUCGCUUCAAACCCCUUGUGUUAAGUACAUGUGCUCAGGCAGACACUUGGGGCAGCAGCCAGGGUGCCAUGUUCGAGAGUGUUUUGAAGACAAGUUGUGAGAUAAUCGAGUUCGGAUGGAGCAAGGACCGGUCUCCUGUGGACACUUUUAAUGGGAUUAGCUACAAGUAUUCGUGA